AUGCCCGCUGAGUCCCUGAACGCCGUCGCUCUUGCGGUCAACAACAAACCCACCCUGCCAUCAUCUUACAAGAUCGGCGUCCUAGCUCAAAGCGCCAUUUCCUUAACCGCCCUCGCUGCAGCCCGGAUACAUGCCCUGCGGAACGGGACCCCCAGCGUACCCAAGGUCGACGUUCCCCUGGAGCAUGCUACAGUCGAGUUCAAGUCAGAAAGACUCUACGUCCUUGACGGCAAACCAACCCCUUCUCCCUGGGGCCCCAUCGGAGGACUGCACGAGACAUCAGAUGGUUAUAUCCGCGUGCACGAUUCCUUCCCGAACCACGCAAACGGCAUCCUGGAGCUGGCUGGUCUCCCCAUCGGUUCAACCAGGCAACAACUAUCCAAGAAGCUCAUUAAUUGGUUAGCCGUCGACCUCGAGAACGCCGCCACGUCCAAGGCCAUCAGCAACUUCCCUAUAGACGUCAACCAGAUCUCCAGCGCAGGCCCCAAGGGCCUUCCGACCAGACUGGCGGGCGGCAACUCCAAGCCCCUACAGGGCCUCCGCGUCGUUGAGAUGAGCCGUGUUAUCGCCGCCCCGCUGUGCGGCAAGACGCUCGCCGCGUACGGCGCAGACGUCAUCUGGGUGACAUCGCCCAACCUCCCCGACCUGCCGACGAUGGACCGCGACUUCGGGCGGGGAAAGCGCACCGUGCAGCUGGACAUCCACAACUCCUCCGACAAGGCGCGUCUCAUAGAGCUCAUCAGGACGGCCGACGUGUUUAUCCAGGGUUUCCGCCCCGGAAGCCUCGCCGCCCACGGCCUCGGCGCCGAGGACCUCCUGAAGCUGAAUCCGUCCCUUGUCGUCGCCAACAUGUCCGCGUUCGGGCCCCGUGGGCCCUGGUCCGCCCGCCGGGGGUACGACUCGCUCGUGCAAACUUGCUCGGGGAUGAACGUCUCAGGGGCAGAGUACGCCGGCAAGGGGGAGGCUGCGCGGCGGACGCCGUGCCAGGCGCUCGAUCACGCGGGCGGGUACUGGCUCGCGACGGGGGUGCUGGCCGCCCUCUACAAGAGGGCGACUCUGGGCGGUGCAUGGAUGGUGGACGUCUCCCUGGCCGGCGCCAUGAAGUACCUGCGGAGCCUGGGGCAGUACCCUGGGACCAGCGGCUUCGCCGGGAUCAGGGACUACGAGAAGCCGGAAGAUGUACCGGAAGAGUUCUUUGAGACGAGGAAGACUGGGUUCGGUGUCAUGAAGGCGAUCAGGCACAGUGCCCGGAUUGAGGGCGUUGAGAUCGGCUGGGAUGUCAUGCCAAAGCCACUGGGUUCGGAUUCCCCUGAGUGGCGCUGA